AUGAGUAACGGUGUAGCAGCAGGUUCAGAAAUGACUGAAGAUAAAGAUUUAUACCCUUUAGCGCUAUUAAUGGAUGAACUGAAGCAUGAUGACAUUAGUAAUAGAUUAGAAGCCAUGAAAAAAUUAGACACAAUUGCCUUAGCCUUAGGCCAGCAACGUACUAGAGAUGAAUUGAUUCCAUUUUUAAUCGAAGUUGCACAGGAUGACGAAGAUGAAGUGUUUGCUGUUUUGGCUGAUGAAUUAGGUGAAUUUUUACCUUAUAUUGGUGGUUCUAAGUAUGCUUCGCUAUUAUUACCACCUUUAGAAAUUCUAGCAUCUACUGAAGAAACUUUAGUUAGGGAUAAAGCAGUUGCUUCAUUGAAUAAAGUUGCCAAAGAAUUUCCUGAAGAACAAUUAUUACAUGAUUUUAUUCCUUUAAUUGAACAUCUAGCUACAGCAGAUUGGUUUUCUUCUAAAGUAUCUGCUUGUGGGUUAUUUAAAUCAGUCAUCAUUCAAAUUAAAGGUGAUGCAUUAAGAAAAGAUUUAUUAGGUCUUUAUUUACAAUUAGUUCAAGAUGAAACUCCAAUGGUAAGAAGAGCCGCAAGUAAACAUUUACCAGCAAUCAUUGAUCUUUUAACUGAAAAUAUUAAUUUAUCAACUAAUGAAGAUUGGGAUUACAUAUCGACUAUGUUUCAAAAAAUCAGUACGGAUCAACAAGAUUCUGUCAAAUUUUUAUCAGUUGAUGUUUUAAUUUCUAUAAUGAAAUUUUUUAACAAGAAAGGUGAUUCUACACAUUUCCAAAACCUGUUGACUUCAGCAAUCAAAUUAAUUUCUGAUGAAGCUUGGAGAGUUCGUUAUAUGGCAGCUGAUAGGUUUGAAGAAUUGUCAUCACAGUUUGCUAGUAAUCCUGAAUUUAUUAGUGAAUUGAUUCAACCAUUUUUACAUUUAUGUGAAGAUAAUGAAAGUGAUGUUAGAAAAGCUAUUGCUAAACAAGUUCCCGGAUUUGCUAAAUUUAUUAAAAAUCCACAAGUUGUUUUAGAAAAAAUAAUGCCAGCCGUUCAAAGUUUAAGUAUGGAUGAAAGUGAAAACGUCAGGGCAUCAUUAGCUUUAAAGAUAAAUAAUAUGUCAGUUGUAUUAACCAAAGAAGAUGCCAUUAAUAACUUGCUACCAAUCUUAUUAAAUAUGUUGAAGGAUGAAUUUCCAGAUGUUUGUUUAAAUAUUAUUGGUAAUUUGAAAGUAGUAAAUGAAGUUCUUGGGAUCAAUAUGUUAAGUGAAUCUUUAUUACCUGCUAUCACAGAGUUAGCCAAGGAUAUCAAUUGGAGAGUUAGAAUUGCCAUUAUUGAUUAUAUUCCAGUGCUUGCAGAACAAUUGGGUGUUCAAUUUUUCGAUCAACAAUUAAGUGAUUUAUGCCUUUCAUGGUUAUGGGAUACAGUUUACUCCAUUAGAGAAGCUGCUAUUAAGAAUUUAAGAAAAUUGACUGAGAUAUUUGGAUCUGAUUGGUGUAGUCAAGAAAUCAUUUCAAGAUUAUUAAAAUUCGACUCUCAAUUAUUAGAGAAUUUUGUUUAUAGAUUUACAUUAUUAACUGCAUUAACCACAUUAGUCCCGGUUGUUUCAUUAGAAGUUGUCACUGAACAAAUAUUACCAUUUAUUUCACAUUUAGCAGAUGAUGCUGUUCCAAACAUUAGAUUCAAUGUUGCUAAAUCAUAUGCCAUUAUCAUCGAAUCAUUAGUGAAGAGUGGCAAGAAAGAAUACUUAGAACUGGCCGAUAACAAAAUCAUGCCUUCAUUGGAGAAGUUGACUGACGAUAAUGAUGUUGAUGUCAAAUAUUUCGCUAACCAAAGCAUCACGAAAUGUAGACCAAUGUUUGCUUAA